AUGUCCUCUCUCGCCUCAGAUCGUUUCUCCGAUUAUGAACGCGAUGUGAAUGGGAAACUUAUACCAGACGGCGGCACUGGCUACAGGUUGAAACCCGCUGCCUUGGAAAAAUACAACCAGCUAUGGCUGAAAGAAGCCAAGGAACGUUUACCUGCUCCCACUGCCGAACUUCCCGGCAAAUACGAUUUCAUGUCGCUCAAGGACGGUAGCCCGGACCCGCCCCUACUACAGUACGGCAUUGCAGUCAACUUCGACAAGUUGCUGUCCUACGCGAAGGAGAAAAACCUCCUAGAGCCCGCCGCGCGCAAGCGCGGCGUAUCUCUUAGUUCCCUUUCUGACAUGCCCAUCAUCUCAGAAGUUAUCAAGGCCUUGGAAGUAGCGUGCAACGCCCGUCUUCAUUAUACAGCCCCAUGGGUUCCCGAUUACGAGGGAAUGGUCGCGCUUUAUUCAAACUACUCGAUGUUUUGGGAGCAGCUCGAGGAGGAGCACGAACAGGAGGUAAUCAAUAUCUUGCAAGAGGAGCUGGGCGUUACGGAGGAACCAAUGUGGUAUUGGGAUGCUGUGAACCAGCGAUGA